AUGGGUGGCGGACCGGAAAACGGUUACCGCUCGGUAGCCUACUUUGUCAAUUGGGCCAUCUACGGUCGGAAGCACCGUCCACAAGAUCUGCCGGCGGACAAGCUCACCCACGUCCUCUAUUCUUUCGCCAAUGUCAGACCCGAAUCAGGCGAGGUGUAUCUUACCGACACGUGGGCUGACACCGAUAUCCAUUGGGAGAACGAUUCAUGGAAUGACAAUGGCACCAACCUGUAUGGCUGCUUGAAGCAGCUCAACCUCUUGAAGCGCAAGAACCGACAGCUCAAGAUUCUCCUGAGCGUCGGCGGUUGGACUUACAGCAGCAACUUCAAGCAGCCCGCUUCCACAGCUCAAGGUCGGGCCACAUUCGCCAACUCCUGUGUUGAACUCAUCAAGAAUCUCGGCUUUGACGGCAUCGACAUCGACUGGGAGUAUCCACAAAACGCUGCCGAGGCCGCCGACUACGUAGCCCUCCUGCAGGCGGUCCGCGACGCCAUGGAUAACUACAGCCGCACACUCCCAACACCAUACCACUUUGAGCUCACCGUAGCCUGUCCAGCUGGCGCUCAGAACUACGAGAAGCUUGACCUGCCGCGCAUGGAUCGUCUGCUCGACUUCUGGAAUCUCAUGGCCUACGACUUUGCCGGCAGCUGGGAUCAGAGCGCCGGCCAUCAGUCGAAUCUGUUUCCCUGCAGCAGCAACCCUGGGUGCACGCCCUUCAGCACUGUCUCUGCCAUAGACUACUACACCUCUCGUGGAGUCCCAGCCAACAAGAUCGUGCUGGGCAUGCCCAUCUACGGCCGCGCUUUCCAGGGAACAGAUGGCCCAGGCUGUCCUUACAGCGGCGUGGGCGAAGGGACCUGGGAGAACGGAGUCUUCGACUACAAGAAGCUGCCGCUCGAGGGCGCCGAGGAGAGGUUCGACGCCGAGUCUGGCGCCAGCUACUGCUACAACCCGUCGACGCGGACCAUGGUGAGCUACGACACGGUGGACAUGGCCCGGCACAAGGCCAUGUACAUCAGAGAUCGAGGCUUGGGGGGCGCCAUGUGGUGGGAGAGCAGCGCGGACAAGGAGGGCGAUCUGAGCCUCAUCGGCAACGUAGUACAUACGCUAGGUGGAUUUAGGGCGCUCGAGCAGAGGGAAAAUUGUCUCGCGCAGCCGGCGACAAAGUACGACAAUUUGCGGGAUGGGUUCCCGAAUGAUAAUUGA